AUGGUCAAGCUUGCUCUUACUAGCCUCGGUAUCUUUAUUAACGAUGAUAUUGCUGGCAUAGUUGUCAAUAGAAAUGCUGAUACUGAAGCCACUUUUCCGUUUUCUUUGGAGUCAUGGGCCUCUGCCAUCGUCGUUGAUCCGGAGGGUGCUCACUUGAGCCCCGAUGAAGCUUUUGCCUUGACAGUUAACCAAGCUGCAAAUGGUAAAGGUCAUAACAUCAUCGGUAAUGUUGCUCGUUCUGCCGGGCGCAUCAUGGAUAAAUGCACUCGAGGUGGCACUGUUCGAGGGGUAAACACCGCCUAUGGAAACGGAUAG